CACUGACACUUUCAACAAACGUCUGUCGUCUAGCGCAGCAAAGUACCGAAGUCUGUAGGCUUACAAAGGGAUAGUUAAUCCCUGACAGUUGGACAAUGGAGACGUUGCCGGCUGACCUCACACCUACGGACGUCGUACUACCUCCAAAGCGGGAGACUUUGGUUCACCCCGCGUUCGACUCACCCGAGGCGGAUAUCAUCAUUGUCUCUAAGGACCUCACAUGCUUCCGUGUCCACUCAUUCACACUCAAGACUACCUCGGGCUGGUUCCGCUCCCUUUUCACCCUUCCGCAUCCUGUCUCCUCCGGUCCCAGUAAUUCUGCAAUUCCGAGUAAAGAGACCCUUCCACCAACUGCCUCUACGGCAGAAACGAUCCACCUUGAUGAGGACGCUGAGACCCUCGAGAUCGUUCUGCGGAUGAUAAGCGGUCUCCCGAUUACACCCUUCACGUCCUACGACACCGUAGAUGCGGUCUUAUACGCAUCUGAGAAAUACGAUAUGCCAGGUCCGGCUUCGCUUGUGCGGAUUGCAGUACUGACACCCCCUCUCGCCGACCAGCCCCUGCGCCUUUACGCCUCAUCUUCCCGGUUUGGGUGGAUCGAAGAAUCUCGGGUAGCUUCGGAGCGCACUCUUGCAUUGGACUUAUGGUCGGAGGAGAACUGGAAAAUGCUAAGGAAGGUCGAUGGUCCCGCUGCUCUUGACCUCUUGAAGUUGCAUCGAUCCAGGAGGGAGGGGGUGCGAAAGAGAUUGGAGGAACACCCUUUCGUGAGCGGGAGUACAGCUGCACUUUGUGCGCGGUGCCGCAGACCAACCGACCAUCAUACAUGGAGAGAGCUCAAGUACAAGAUCAUUAUGGAGAUGGACCAUAGACCACUUGGAGAUACCGUGUUGAACGUCGGUUUGCAGGAGUGGCCAGAAGCAAUGGCAUGUUGGGAGGCGCGUUGUCCACAUGAUGCGUGCGCGUCAGUAAUCUAUGACAAGACAGAGACAGUACGACUUAUUAGGGAUUGUAUAGAGAGCUUGCCCAAGACUACGUAGCUAGGAGGUCGUCUUAUGUAAGCAUCACUAAUAGCCGAC